UAGAACGACGCCAAGCUCAGUGCACGGUGUCCAAAGAUUGCGCCCCAGAGGCAAUCGUCCAGCUUCUCGCAGCAGAUUCUCGGCGAACUGAUUCAAUUUAACUUUUCCGUUGAGCUCGUCCGGAUCGUUCGUCUUCUUCGUCCUCAAUCUAGAGUUUUUUCUGUGCUGAACUUCUUGAAGUUCUUGACGAUAUCUCGGUAGUUCGCGUGCGUGUGUAAAACUCGUUAGUUUGGUAUCAAGAAAAGUUCAAAAGUGACGUUUUUUUUACUCUCUCUCCUAGUGUCCAGAUAGCCCAAGUAGAAAUAGCGUGAAAAAAGUUUUUAUUUUGCUGAAAUAGUUCCAAGAUGGCAAAGUUUCCGGCACUGAUGGCGAUUUGUGCCGUCGUUUGCGGUUUAGUCACGCUCACGGCAGGCCACACGUACAAAACCGGGGAGUGUCCGCCGGUGGAACCGAUGAACGACUUCGAGAUGAAAAAGUUCACCGGCGUGUGGUACGUGAUCCAGAAGACCGGCACCGCGUCCACCUGUGUCAUCUACAACAUCACCAAGAGCGAGGACCCCGGCGAGUACGACAUCGAGCAGCGGUCCCAGCGAGCCCCGCUCUCGGUUGGCCCCUUCAAGCACGAGUACAGCUACACCGGCAAGCUGACCGCGACCGACCGGGACGUGCCCGCCCGGAUGACCGCCCGGUUUCCGUUGAGUGUUGCCGGUUCCGCUAAAUUUGUCGUCUUUAUGAGCGACUUUGAAACCUACGCCGGGGUGUUCUCCUGUCAGAAGAUCCCACUCGGUCACCGUCAGAGCGCAACGAUUCUGUCCCGCACGCGCGAUCUGGACAAGAUCUACGUCGACAAGAUUCGCAACCGGCUCGCGAGCUUCUCGGUGGAUCCGUUCGACCUGAGCAUCAUCAACCAGACCGGGUGUCCGAAGGAGGGCGAAGCCGGCUGGAACAUCCACGUCGACACCAACACCUUCUCGGCGAAGAACAUCGCGAACGUGUUCCGCAAGGCCGGCGAGAAGAUCGGCGACGGGUUCGAGUACGCCGUCAACGCCGGCAAAAAGAUUUAUAACCAAUACACCGACUCGAGCAACGAACAUGGCGCAACCACCACCAACAAUGGCCAUCGUGCGGAACGUUUGACGGUGUCACAGGAACCGGAUGCCGAGUGGUUGCCUUGAAAAGGGGAACGGGAGAGCUAUUUUGGGGGGAAGUGUGUCGAUAUGAAUGGUUUCGAAUAAUUUACUCAGAUACGUCAGCGAAGAAAAUUUUAACGAAAUUGAGGCAAAAUAAAGUGAUUGACAAUAAACAUAAA